AUGGCCAAGAAAGUGCAGAUCAAGUUCUUUAUGAAAGGCUCCAAGCCCAAGAAUUUAGAGAAAGCCAUCCAUGUGUACAAGACUGCAACGAUCCGUGAAGUGCUGGAGAUUGCAUGCAAGGAGUUUGCCAAGGAGAAGGACGUUGUAGCUCCGUCCAUAGAGAAUGUGCGGCUCCGUGGUUAUAACGACUAUAACUGUCUGCUGUCGGACACGUACAACGACAAGGAAGACAAGGCUCUGUCGUCGCUAGGGAUCUAUACUGGCCAGCAGAUGUUCCUGGAGGUGAAGAGUGACGAGGAAGAGUGGGAGGACCAUGACCCGACCAAGCUCCAGCUCUUCGUCCGUCGCUUUGUGGAUGAGUCAAGCAAGAGUAACAAGACGCCUAAUGUAUUCAUGGCGAGGUGUAUUCAGGUGGACGAGGACGCAAACGUGGCAUCGCUUUGUGCUCUCAUCGCCAAGAAAUUCUCCGUCUCUGCUGAGCAGAAGAUCCGUCUCGUUAAGAAGAGUACGACUACGUACAGCAUCUCUGCAGCCAAAGUUCUCAACCCAAAUGACGAAGAGCGGACACUGAAGUCACGCCUGAAGAUGGAUCUGCACUUGAUGAAUGGCAAUGAAUUGCACUUCGAGGAGACGUCCGAUCUGAGUCUUCCUUCUCCAGCUGAAGCCUUCUUUGAGCGUGAAGCAAAUAUGAUCACAGUCAACUUCAAGUACCUGACGAGUCCAGCGGAGCCUAUUCGUAUCGACCGACGAGAGACGAUCCGCACACUAAAAGAGCGGAUUGGUGCCAAGAUUGGUCUCCCGUUGAACAAAUUCAAGCUGCUUCGAGGUAUUAACAGCGCUGGCGUCGAGAUCAAGGCGAUUGACAGCACGCUCUCCAAGUUAUCGAUCGGGUCUAACCACACAGUCUUCGCUUUGGAGGGCACUCCGUUGAAUACGGGUGAAUACAACUUCAGACUGAUGUUCUAUAACCCCACAAGCGCUAGCUCUGCGUCUCCAGAGAGCGGUGACAGCAAUCAGGAGCAACCGAUCGUCACGGACACAGACAGCCAGAGUUUAUUCGACAUUGAUGAGGUGCUCGUGUCGACGGGUAAGGACGAUUCGUUGCUGACGUUCGUGAGUCAAGUGGUGAUCAGCGAGGAGAUGCUGGUGGAAGAUAUUCGAAGGAGGGCGUGGGACGAGUUGGUGGACAAGAAUCUGGUGGAUGCUCGUCAGUUGACGCCGUCCCACAUCCGAUUGCGUGAUCUGCGUCAAAGUACGAUGACCAGUGUGCUGGUGGACGGCCAAAAGCUCGUGGAGGCGUCCAAACUGGCAGUUUAUGAAGGCAGAAGCAUCGUGGCAGAACUUUUGACGGAGCCCGAGACGUCAGAAAUCAACCACAGGAUUGUGGAAUUUGCCUAUGUGAACCGCGCAACGUGGAGGUUUGCCAAGGACAUGCGGCACGAGGUGAUUAUAUCCACGUCGGAGGAACAGGAACACCCCGACACGUACUUGGCUGACGCUGCUGGCGCUGCACUGUCGAUCCCUGCUGAGCGACUGGCGUUCGCUCGUAUUCCGUAUCAUCGCGACUCGAUCGAUAUCCUUGAAGUGGUGUCGUAUGAGUUCUCGCCUGCUGCGGCGUUCACAAGCCAGGAAUCUGAAUACCAGGAGCUCUUUCUGGUCAUCGAUACGAGUGUACAGUUGGCGUAUAUGAGCAAUCAUGAACGUCAACUUAUCCAGAACUUCUUGGCGAAGAAGAGUGAAGAGAAGACGCGGGCGUUGCGAGCCAAAUACUCGUCAUCCAGCACCACUAACACGUACCAGUAUCAGAAGCCCAAGGAAGCUGCUUUGGUCAUCCGGACGCGUUCCAGGACGAGCGAACACAAAGGAGCUGGCAGCGUGGACAGUAGCAAUGACAAGAACUCGAACGGUGUCAACAUCCGCACGCCCACUCGUCGUGCUGAAAAGGCUGCGGCGCGUCAUCAUGCCUCCUCCGACACGGACGACGAAGACGACACCGACUUUAUGACGGAAAAGACGGAACCUGUAGACUUGGAUCUCUUCGGAGACUUGUCAUAA